UGAAAAGAAAUCUCGUGCUGUAGACCGAGACUGAAAUUAAAAGUGUUUGUCAGCAUCACGUUCUUGAAUAGUAGAGUGAAUCGUGUCUUGAAGUGUAUCCAUCGUCAUUUUAUUUGGCUAUUUACAUUUGAGUUUUGAUAUUGAAACCGAUAUUGCCAACACUAUCAACAAGGCACCCGACUAUAUCUGCUAUUUUAUCAUUAACAUUUACAUUCUCAGUACUUUUCGCAAAUUUUUCACAAACAAGCGAGAGUCAUACUAGUGAUACUUUAUUCAAUUAAUUCAAUUGAACAAUCAUCAUAACAUUCGAAAACAGCCCGUACAAUCAAACAAAACAUCGAGUAAGACUGAGUCUAACAACCACUCUGCAUUGUAUCCAUCAUACUAUAAGACUAUUUUAACAAUAAUAAAAGUGAUAUAGCACCAUGGGCAGAAGAAAAAUAGAGAUCCAGCCCUUGACGGAUGACAGAAACAGAACAGUAACGUUUGUCAAACGUAAGGCUGGGCUUUUCAAGAAAGCACACGAGUUGGCCGUGCUUUGUCAGGUAGAUCUUGCGGUGAUCAUAGUUGGUUCCAACAACAAGAUCUACGAAUUUUCGUCUGUGGACACCGGCGAAUUGAUCAAAUCGUACCAGCAUACAUGUAAAACCAAGCAGCCGCAGGAGCUGAAACUGCCGGAGAACUACGGAAACUACAGGAAGAAAAAGUUUCUAAAUGAGUCUUUGUCGAGAAAGUCUGGAGCGUCCGUGCUAGAAGAGGUUGAUCAUGAUAUGGAUGAAAACGAGGUCGAUUCUGAAUACGAUAGCGAUUCACCAGAGCCUAAGAGACACAAAAGAUCGUACAGCGAUUACUCUAAGAAUACUAAUUCAAAGGUGUUCAACAGCAACAGGCCGCCUCCACCACCUCCACCUCACCAUAUCUCUCUUUCAAACAUGCCUACUUUCAACAAUCCUACAACGUUUAGAAUGAAAGAAGACGACAUCAACACUCCUGGAAGCACUGCUUCAAAUGCUACGGACAAGGUCUCACACAAGCGGGAUGACUCGACUUCUAGUAACCAAAGACCGGUGCUAAGAGUCCAAAUUCCAACUGAUGCCAAGAGUAAUUCACUGAAUAACAAGAGCUCCAUCAACGAUAGUGCCCGUACCAUUACUGCCAUCGACACCAACAUGCAAAAUACGUCUAACAAUCUUAACAUCAACAAUAAUCAUAUUAACCAGAAUCAUAACCAAAAUCAUACUAAUAAUAGUAACUUGCCGAACAUCAACACCCCGAAAUACUCGAGCUUUGCAUCGUUCAGAUCACCUGAUUCACGUAAACCAACGCUACCUCUACCUAUACAAUCAAAGUCACAGACUUCAUCACCUGCCAGUGCCACGGCUCCUCCUUUGCCAAUCGUUAAUAACGGAGCCAACAUGGCCAUUAACAGUAAUGUAGCCAACCCUAACGCCAUGUACUACUCAUCUAUACCCCAGGGAUCACCGUCAAAUCCAUAUCCCAAUGGAAUUCUCCCAACACCCAUACUUAACCAGGUAUUCAACCAACAGUAUGGUCAGCAGCUUGCGAAUGGAAAUGAUCCUCAUUCUGGGAAUGCAAAGUUCCGACCUCCAAUAUUCACCAACUUACCCAACAACGUUGGAGAACAGACUCCUAUUUCGGGACUUCCCUCGAGAUAUGUCAACGACAUGUUUCCAUCGCCUUCCAACUUCUACGCACCUCAAGAUUGGCCUAGUGGAAACACUGGAAUGACGCCCAUCCAUGCCAACAUCCCUCAAUACUUCAUGAACAUGUUACCCUCGGCCGGUCCGUCCAGCGCAUUUCCGGGAAAUCCAGGGACCAAGUUGCCUGCGAAUGUACAGCAGCAACAGACAUCUCCAGCUCCCGCAACAGUGCCUCCUAAAGACGGACCUCUUUCACCAACUAUCUUCAUGGGAACGAAUGCGAAGAUUAAGCUAGAGGAGAAGAAGGAUAGUAAGUGAGACUGCCACUUUAGCAGUAUAACUUGUACUUAUAGACAUAUACCUUUUGAAACGAGAUCCAAUGAACAUUUACCAGAGAUGAGUAGCACAC